GCUGGUGCCAGUGCCACCGGCCCCCAAGUCGCCGUCCCCCCCGAUCUGCCCCCCCUCCUGUCGACGACAUCACUACCGUCUAGCCGGCCACCACCUACCGAAGGCGGCGGCGGAGGCGCAAGGUCGUUGAGUGAUGGCGCCGCCCGGUUCACGCCGGUGGGCAUAUGUGCGGAUCAUGGCCGGCACAAUCCUCGGGGGCGGCCUCGGCUUCUACGUCAUGCACCGCAUCGAGACAUCCUACAAGGCGAGGAUGGAGGAGAAUCUGCGGAGGUACGAGGCGCACAUGCUCGCCAAGGCGAAGGAAGAGCAGCAACUGCAGGAUGGGGCGCAGCGGGAGGACCAGGCGCAGCUCUUGCCGGACUCGUGAUCUCCUCCUCUUGUUCUGGCUCGCUUUCCUGAGCUGCCUUCUCUGAACAUGAUCUAGGGGCACAUAUCGUCCAUACCAGUUUGUUCAGAAAUAGUCGUCAUGUGCUACUGGCAUGAAAAGUACAUCUUUUUUUGUGGAUAAUGAGGAGUGCAUCUUUUAAGGGCUUAUGGUAACUGCAAGCGGAUGAUUUUGAUUUUGUAAGGUCCAGAUCAGCUCUAUCAAAAUUGAAUUUUGUAAUGUUAUGAGUAUGGUUUGAUUCCGUUUCCACCUAAUGCUACGGAUGCUUUGAACUGGAAAAAGGAUGACAAUUGCCUCCCCUAAGGUUGCUAAAUGCUUAAAUUGACUCUACGAAAUGUAAACUUGAUACUACAAAGAGUAGUGAAUGUUACUCGUACAUGCCAUUGCCCGUUCUCAAGUUAAUAAAACGAGUUUGCACCA